GGGGUUGUGAGGUGUUCAAGAUGGCGGCGCCCUGUGGAGUGCAGUUGCUCUAACAGUGGUGCCUGGAGACUGGAUCGACGGGCGGCCCAGGGACCCCUCCAGGCUGGACGAGACGCUGGAUGCCGUGAGAGUGACGACUGACAGCCGCACCCUAGUCCUUUUUAGAGACACCCGCCUCCAUACACUCCCGCGCUGUUCUUACCAUCAUGUCCAGGGAACAGCUGAACGUGGGGGACCUCCUCCCUCUCCUGGAGACCUCUGACCUACGGCAGCUCGAUGAGAUCAAGGGGCUUAUCAAUGAUCACCUCAACACAGAUCGAGGGUCAGUGCUUCUGAAUGGUUUGGUGGAUUAUUUCCUGGAGACUUACUCCACCCAGGCAGUGCACAUCCUGUCCUCAGUGAGGGAGCCACAUGAUAAGCACCUUUUUGAUAAAAUGAAUGAAUGCAUGAGUAAAGCCCAGUGUCGCCUGCCCACGCUCACUCUACUGGGGCAUGUUGUCCGAAAGCAGCCGUCUUGGAUUCACAAGAUUGCUCGCUAUCCGCUGCUGCUAUCUCUACUCAAAUGCCUCAAGACAGACACAGAUGUUGUGGUUCUGAUAACUGGAGUCUUGGUGCUUAUCACCCUGUUACCAAUGAUUCCUCAAGCUGGCAAGCAGCACCUCUAUGAGUUCUUUGACGUAUUCGGCCGUCUGGCUUCCUGGAACCUGAGAAGCCCGGGACACAUACCAGAGGUGUAUCUCAUCCACCUUCACGCCAGCGUCUACGCACUCUUCCAUCGGCUUUAUGGAAUGUAUCCCUGCAACUUUGUGUCCUACCUGCAGUCUCAUUACUGCAUGAAGGAGAACAUGGACACGUUUGAGGAGGUGCUCAAGCCAAUGCUUGAGCAUGUUAGAAUACACCCAGAGUUAGUUACCGGAACCAUGGACCAUGAACUAGAUCCCAGCAGGUGGAAGAGGUUUGAGAUCCAUGACAUAGUUAUUGAGUGUGCCAAAGUCUCUCUGGAUCCAAAGGAGGCAUCUUGUGAAGAGGGCUACACCACCAUGCCUGAGCAUUUCUGUGCCCAUUUACAGCAACGUCCUGCUGAUUGCACUGCCAGUCCAUACACCGACUUCCACAGUAGCUAUGGAAGUUCUUCCUCGACUCAUUUCUCCACCCCCCGUCAGCCUGUUGUCCCUCCUCUGGCCCUGUCCUCUUUCUCAGGGACUCAGCCGCCCUGUCGCAGCCCCACUGGGACCCGUCGGCAGAACUCCAGCUGUGAAUUUAAUGCUGCAUAUGGCACAAAAGAUUCCCUCUGGAGUCCCUCCUCCCAGUGUGGCAUGGCCACGCCUCCUUCCUCCCGUGGGAUGUCACCAAACCCGGAACUCUCCCAGAGUGCCUCUCACCUACCCAGCCGCCUCUACAGCACACCUGCCGGAGGUAAAGGUACCCCGUCCUCCAGCACGCCCGCAGCCGCUUCGCCUCCCCCCAGCCUCUCUGAUGAGUUUCCCCCCAUGAUGCCCCAACGCAGCACCGCCAGCCCGCCAUGCAAGGAUGGAAGACCUUUUGACCACACCAAACCCGCCCUGGUAAGGCAGGAGCCAAUCCGAGAGCCUGAGGUGACCAGUUAUAGAGAUGGUAGAAGUGAGAACAUGUCCAUGACACUGAAAGAACUCUCCGUCUACAUGAAGGAACAGGAGCAAAUGAGAAUCGAGAAAGAAAGGGAGGAUGCUGCCAUCACAGAAGAGCUUCAGAAGUUGACUGAAGAGAAACGUGAUGUAGCUGCUCUUCGUGGUUUUGACUCGCCCUUCUUCAGCACCACAGAGACUCUGACCGGAGCCCAGGAGAAACCUCUACACUACUCAGUCCUAGGCGGCUCGAUCAGAGACCCUCAGAACGCCAUCUACACCCCUGAUAAAUCCGAGACCGGAGGCAGGAGCAGGGUCAGCGGAGGUACAUCCCAGGAGCAUCAAUGGUCCUUCCAACCAGUAUUCACGCCCAUCGAUCAUCCAACCCACAGUCAUCUCCAUCGGAGCCCCUCUGCAUUGGAGGACGAAGCUCUCAAAUUCGGCUUGUGCUCCCCGAGCCCGUGCAAACCUCCGCCGCUGCCGUACGAGGCGCUGUUUGACAUGGCCUUGCCCCGGACGGCCUCCCUGUUCAUAGGGAGGAAGACUUCGGAGAUUGUGCAGCGAGUAUCUAUAGAAAGGUGCCAGAGAAAUGAUUUGGGCAAGCACGGCGAAGAGGAGGGUGUGGAGGGAGUUGUAUCGGCUUCACCUCUGGAGGUGCUGGACCGCCUCGUGCAGCAGGGUGCUGAUGCACACGAUAAUAUGCUGAAGAGUUUACCCCUGCCAAGCAAGUCAGCUGACUGGACGCACUUCGGAGGUUCUGCUCCUAUGGAUGAGCUGCACACACUGCGCAGUCAACUGCUACUCCUGCACAACCAGCUGCUGUACGAGCGCUACAAGAGAGAGCAGCACGCCUUGCGCAACCGCCGUCUGCUUCGCCGCAUCAUCAACGCCACCGCGCUCGAGGAGCAGAACAACGCUAUGAAGGACCAGCUAAACCUGCAGAGUGUGGAUAUCAUCUCUCUUAGAGAGAGCUUGCAGGUGGAGCAGCAGAGAUAUAGACAGCUUUGGGAUGACAGAGAGACCGUAGUGACUCGCCUCCACAGUCAGAUACGCCAACUGCAGCAGGCCAGAGACGAUUAUUACACCAAAAACCAGGAGUUACAGAGUAAGCUACAAGAAUGUCAUAAGAGAAUAGGCGAGAUGGAGGCGGAGCUUCAGAGGGCAAACAACAAGGUGUGCCACACAGGGCACCUGCUGAACCAACUCACUGCCAAGCUGUCGUCAAGUGAAAGCGUUCAGCAGCAGCUGAGUUUUCUAAACAAGCAGUUGUUGCUGUUGGGAGAAGCUCAUAAACUGUGUGUCCAGGAACUGCAGCAGGCUGGACCAGACACCAGCAAGGAGGUACAGAUGCUCCAGUCAUCCUGGGGAAAGGAAACGGAACAUCUGAAGCAGAAUCUGUUAUUUCAGACCCAAAAGCUAGAUGCUGGUCAGCAGAGAGUAGCCGAGCUAGAGACGCUGCUCUCCAAGAAAGAGCACCUGAUUGCGGAGCAAAAGAAGUUUCUAGAAGAUGUCAAGGUUCAGGCCAGAGGGGAGCUGCACGCUUCUGAGAGCAAGUACCAUACCCAGCGCCGGAUAGCACUGGCCCUCCAGGCUGAACUUUUACAGCUGUACAGCAGACUGGAAACUGAAGACUCUUCUACCAGUGCUUCAGCCUCACCAGCAGAGGGUGCAGCGGAGGCACGCAGUUCUACAGAGACCAGUGUCAUACUGGUGGACAGGCCAGUGAAAACAGCCACCAAAGAGGAAGGCAAACCUCCUCAGUCUCCACGCGGCAAUGGCAGCACUCUAUCAUCAGGGCACUUCAAAGCCAGUCCCUCCACCGCCUACUCUGUAAAUGGGAACCGUGACACUCCUCCACCCGUACUAGUGGAACCACCCCCCCACCGUCCCCAUUCCCCGGUAGGCCCCCCAGGACCCCUGGUCUCUGCCGGGGCCCCGCUCACUGUGGGCUCCUACCCCAACGCCAAGAGCUUUUUGGGCAUGCGGGCAAGAGAGCUCUUCCGCAACAAAAGCGAGAGCCAAUGUGAUGAAGACGAACCUCCUCCUCCCCGUCUCACUGGCCUGUCACAGGGCCUGAAGACUGAGCUUUGUGUGGAACCGACAGCGAAGAGCACACCUGGCGCUCCGGGGUCCAGCUCUGCACAGAGCAUGACCCUCGUCACGUCUGCUAAAGAAACCAACCCUGGUUCUCAGAGAGCAGAUAACCGAGACAUGUUCGGAUCGAGGUGCCCAGAGCGACCAAGACAGCAGCCUCUAAGAAUCAUGGACUAUUAUGAAAGACACCAGGAGCACAGCUGAAGUAAGAGGAGAUAUGGAGAAAGUCGAAGUUGGAUGGAGAGAAUUGCAAAUUUAGAUACAUUUAGAAAGUGUAAGGCAGACUCUUUCAAUUUUCAGUGUUAUCUGUCCAAUUUCCUCAAGACGACAACAGGAUUUGCAAUGAGGGAUUAAGUUAAACCCUCACCAAAACUGGAAAGCUUGGACUAAAAUGUUAUGAAUGCAGUUUUAAAGUUAGUCACGCAUUAAUCCCAGUAUAUUUUACAGCAUAAACAUAACUGCUACAUUUUGUUUUUGCUUAUUCAUAUAUGUGUUUAUGGAAAUAUUAGAAGAAAUAUUAUUUGAUUGAGUUUAUAGUGAUGGUACAGUACUCACACGCUCACAGCUCAACCGCACAGAGUGUGAGUGUGUGCUCGGAUGUCUAGAGGAGGAUCCAGUCGUCUUGUGCCAAGCAGUCAGUGUUCAUUUUUUAAACCAUCAGGUUCUAACAGACAUGUCAGGAUCCUUUUCAUGUGCUGAUAUCAUGUUUAUUUUUACAAUCUUACUGUGUGUAUGUAUGAUGUCUGUGUGCGUGUGCAUGUUGUAGAAUAUCCCGGAGUCAGGACCAAGACUUAUCCUGGGUUAAAUUGCACUGUCAGUUGUUCAUCGUGAAAAAUCCCUUUUAGUCUCGGAUUAGACUUGAUCUCGGUCUAAAAGGUAUAUUCAAAAUGUUACAGCCAAAACAAAAGAGGACCCAUUUGUGUUUAGAGAGGUUUUUUAUAUGAAUAGAAUUUUUAAAUUGUAUUUAUUUUUGUUGUCCUAUCUUCCCCUUAUGUUAUACAUUGCUUUUAAAUUUGAUUUUGGAGAAAGUAUUGCAAGUUACUCACUUACUGCUUUUAAAAAGCCUGUUUACUGAUUUACAUGUCGCCAUUUAACAGGAAGUUCUUUGUGCUACGAGAUAUCUUAAGAAGUAUCAUUAAAAUUUAGAUAUCGGCCAUUAUUAAGCCUCAACCUACUAGUAACGUUUAUCACAUAACGGUGAAGCCAAAUUGCACUUAUGAUCUUAAAGGAACAGUUCAUCCAAAAUAAAAAUUCUGUCAUUUAAUUGCCAUCGAGUUGUUUAAAAUCAGUAUAAAUUUCUUUCCUACGAUGAACAGAGAAAUAUAUAUGGAAGAAUGCUUUUAACCAAACAGUUCUUUGCCACCGUUGACUACCAUAGUAAGAAAAUGAAAAUGGCAGUCAAAAGUGCCCCAGAACUGUUGCUUUCCUACAUUCUUCAAAAUAUCUUCUUUUGUGUUUAACAACGAAAAUUAUUAAGCAAUAUUCCUACUAUGGUUGUCAGUGAUGCCCAAGAACUGUUUGGUUAAGAGCAUUCUUCUAAAUGUCUUUCUCUGUGUUCAUCAGAACAAAGACAUUUAUACAGAUUUAGAACAGUAAAUGUAGAGAGAAUUUGCAUUUUUGGGUGAACUGUUCCUUUAAAUUAUAGGGUCCGUUAUCGUCAUUAAUACUUUGAAAAUCGAAUAGUUAGACAUACAAUAAAACUAGAAGAGAACUUGUUCAGACAGCUUUAGUGCAGUUCUUCAUUGUGCUGGCAGAAUUAUAGUCUCUUAUCAGCUUUGGUGACACCUGUAUUCUACCCUCUAAAAUCAAUGCACUGCAUUAAUUUCAAUAUUAUUACUAAUUUUGCUUUCUGAGUGCCAAAUUUUUAAGACAUUGUUAUGUAGAGUUGAGCUGUAUUGGCUUUGUCGUAUUACUCUGCAUAUCUAUUCCUAUAACUACAUAUCAGUUAGAGUGAUAAAUGCAAGAUUCAAGUUUUUUAUCAUUUGCCUUUUAUUGGGAAGGUUGAGAUUUUGCUCAGAUGGAAGUUUUUAACAGCAGGUAAAGUUCACGCUAAUUUAUAAAGAAAAAAGUUCCCAAAUCCUUUUGUCCCCUUGAUAUCUAUGCUGUUCCUUCUGCCUGGCUAUCUAGAGCAUGUACAACAAUCCUCUUUUAAGGCCAACAACAGGAACUAUGACUUAACAAAACACAAGGUACAAUCAGUAUGAAAGGAACGUAUAAAUCGGAGCUCCUUCGAAGCAGAUGAAAGUUCUGGGUCUGUUUGGGCAGGGAGGCCAGGUCGGUUCUGAUGAGGUUCUUAAAGCAGUUGCCUGUGUUAACUGUGAAUGACAAAAAUAAAAUCAUCUUCAAUGUUUUGCACUACA